AUGGGCUACCUCUCUGGCUAUGUCAUGGGCUACCUCUCUGGCUAUGUCAUGGGCUACCUCUCUGGCUAUGUCAUGGGCUACCUCUCUGGCUAUGUCAUGGGCUACCUCUCUGGCUAUGUCAUGGGCUACCUCUCUGGCUAUGUCAUGGGCUACCUCUCUGGCUAUGUCAUGGGCUACCUCUCUGGCUAUGUCAUGGGCUACCUCUCUGGCUAUGUCAUGGGCUACCUCUCUGGCUAUGUCAUGGGCUACCUCUCUGGCUAUGUCAUGGGCUACCUCUCUGGCUAUGUCAUGGGCUACCUCUCUGGCUAUGUCAUGGGCUACCUCUCUGGCUAUGUCAUGGGCUACCUCUUUGGCUACCUUUGUAGUUACCUUUGUAUAUUUACCUAA